AACGCUCGGUAGUCGGUAACCGUGCUUGAGUUGCAAUUUUGAAUGCGGAGGCUACUAUCGAUGAAACACUACCGGUAGGUGGUAUAUGAACAUCGGGGUCCUAAGUUGAUAGAUGACGCGGGUGUACAAGAACUACAGUGCAGUUCAAGCAUCAGUUCCGUUUCACAGGCACUGUUUAGGCACUGGUCAGAUCCCUAAACACAAUGUUGCCAACGACGUAUCUUCACUCCCUUGCGUCGCUUGCUGUUCUUCUUCAUCCAGUCUCAGCAUGGGCGGUUGGAAAGGGAGUUGAGACCACAAGCGGUAGGGUCCAAGGACAUGCUGCCUCUGAAUAUCCCGAAGUGUCAGAGUAUCUCGGGAUUCCUUACGUGGCUCCACCAGUCGGCGACCUACGAUGGAUGCCACCGCAACGCCUCCGCAGAAAACACGACAGGAAACCUUUCAUUGCCGACAAGUUCAGCGCUGAUUGUCCAGCACUGUACUCGCCGGUGGUGAACACGUCCAACCCUAUCGCCACCGCUGUCCAGACAUCCCUCAGUCAGAUAGGGCACGUGCAGAGUGAGGAUUGCCUGACGCUCAAUAUCUGGACGAAGCCGCAAUGUGGAGAGAGGAAGAAAGCAGUGCUGGUUUGGAUCUAUGGAGGAGGUUUCCAAACGGGAGCAUCCAACAAUCCGUCCUACAACGGGCAGACGUUUGCGGAGAAAUCUGACGUCGUUGUUGUAUCGUUCAAUUAUCGCCUCAACCUGUUCGGCUUCCCGUCCGCACCCGGCAUUCCGGAACUCAACUUGGGAAUUCUGGACCAGCGGGCCGCCGUCGAAUGGGUCCGGGACAACAUCGCGAGGUUCGGAGGCGACCCGAACCGCAUCACCCUCUUUGGUGAAUCGGCUGGAUCUCGUGCCGUCGACAUAUACGCCUACGCCUGGGCGGAUGCUAAAGAUCCCAUCGUCAACGGAUUUAUUUGCGAAUCUGGUUCUGCCCCUUUCACCACUGGCAAUACACUGAAUCCGGAACUUUGGUAUUCUCUGAGCGAACGACUCGGAUGCGGCGGUGCGGAAAAGGGCAACGCAACUGUCACAUGCAUGAGGACCAAACCAUUCCAGGACAUUCUUGAUGCAUCCAAAACCAGUCCCGGCAAACCCGGGCUCUUUCGGCGCUUCUAUCCCGUUACGGAUGAAAAGGUCGUCUUCAGCGAUUAUGAGAAGCGUGCUGCGACGGGCCGGUUCAUUCAAAAACCACUUCUAAUCGGGAACAAUGACAACGAAUACGGGCUGCAAUCUACCAUCGCGAAGUUGCAGGGAGCCACGAUGUCAAAUACCUCAAUUUUGCUGGGGAAUCUUGGCUACCAGUGUUCAGCCCGGGUCCAGGCUCAACGCCGUCGUGACAACGCCGUUCACUCGUGGCGAUACCGAUGGAUGGGCGUCUUUCCAAAUCAAGCCAUCGCCCCUGAUGCCGGAGCCUGGCAUGGCAGCGAGAUCUCUCACGUCUUUGGGACUCUCGGAGUUUUUGGGACAGUCCCAGCGACGCCGGAGCAAGUCCAAGUAUCCAAACUUAUGAACACGGCAUGGGCAGCGUUCGCAAAGAGCCCGAAAUAUGGUUUGCUGAAGCUCGGAUGGCCGCUCUACAAUGAGACAGAAAAUUCGCUUAUUCUUCUGGCGGACAAAAACGGACCUGGAGCGACGUUUGUCCCAGGUGGAAAAUUUGACGCGCAAUGCAAUCUAAUAACCAACAAUGUCCCACAGCUCCCAUAGAGGCCGAGUUCACGUUUAUAAUUUGAGUACCGCUCUAUUACAAAACGAAGGAAUAUAGUGGAACAAGAUAAUCGCAGUGAGACGUGUGGUAGUGGUCGAGACCUGCCUGCAGAGAUAAAAUGUAAUUCGACUUUCGCGCAAAGUUUGCAAGGAAGCUUCAUAAGUUAACUGUGGACACAUUAUUGAGGCCAAAACGAUUGCUCGCUCACGCAAAUAUAAAGCAAGUAAUAUCAUCACUGAGUCAAGACACUAAGCGCAAAGAGACAUU